AUGCAUCUGUGCCGGGGCCGCGCGUUGGGCAUCUCGGUGGCGGUGGCGCACGGGGUCUUCUCGGGCUCGCUGAACAUCCUGCUGAAGUUUCUCAUCAGCCGCUACCACUUCGUCUUCCUGACGCUGCUGCAGUGCCUGACCAGCUCCACGGCGGCGCUCAGCCUGGAGGUGCUGCGGCGCCGGGGCGCCCUGGACAUGCCGCCCUUCGGUUUCAGCCUGGCGCGCCUCUUCGCGGGCGUCACGGUGCUCUCCACGCUGCAGUCCAGCCUCACUCUCUGGUCCCUGCGCGGGCUCAGCCUGCCCAUGUACGUGGUCUUCAAGCGCUGCCUGCCCCUGGUCACCCUGCUCAUCGGCGCCCUGGUGCUCAAGAACGGCAUCCCCUCCGUCGGGGUGCUGGUGGCCGUCCUCAUCACCACCGUCGGGGCGGCUCUGGCAGGUGCAGGUGACCUGACUGGUGAUCCCAUUGGGUAUGUGACUGGAGUGCUGGCUGUGUUGGUGCAUGCAGCAUAUUUGGUACUCAUUCAAAAGGCAAGUGCAGAUAGUGACUAUGGGCCCCUCACAGCCCAGUAUGCCAUUGCUGUGUCAGCCACACCUUUUCUCAUCAUCUUCUCCUUUGCCAGUCUGGAUGCUAUCAAUGUCUGGUCCUUCCCAGGAUGGAAAGAUCCUACCAUGACAUGCAUCUUUAUUGCAUGUGUCUUUAUUGGCUGUGCCAUGAAUUUCACCACUCUUCAUUGCACCUACAUCAACUCAGCUGUAACCACCAGUUUUGUUGGAGUGCUGAAGAGCAUCGCAACUAUCACAGUUGGUAUGGUGGCAUUCAAUGAUGUACAACCCACAAAACUGUUUAUAGCAGGUGUAGUGGUAAAUACCAUGGGCUCCAUCAUUUAUUGUGUGGCUAAAUAUAUUGAAACCAGAAAGCAGAGUAAUUAUGAAGACCUGGAGAAGGAAGCUAGGGAAGAAGAGAAGAAAGAAUGUGAUGCAGCUCAGCCACCAUUUGUAAUGGAGGAGAUAUCCAAGGAGUUGGCACCUGAAGAUACCACAGUAGAGGAGUCAGCAAAUGGAAACAAUCAGCCAAGUAUAAAGGAAAAGAAUGGCACUCUGGGAGCAGCAAAUACACACACUGUCCGUGAAGGCACCAGCUCUGAAGGACUGACCAAAAGCUCAUUAAAGGAUGCCUAUCUUGGAGUAUGGAGGUUGGUUAGGGGGGCUAAUUACAUGAAGAAAGAUUACCUAAUAGAGAAUGAAGAGCUACCAAGUCCUUGA